AUGUCGGUGUUCAUAAGCUCUAACAAUAUCCCCAUUGGAUAUCGAACACCAGAGUUUCCCUCCUUAUUCUGGCCUAUUGGACCUACUAGAGGUUCGUAUUUAAAUUCGUUCCUAUACUAUUCCUGGGACGUUUGGCGAUUUACUGUAUACUGGUCUUUGAUUUUGAUGGGGGGCUUAUACUUUUGUGUUGGACUCGUGGCAAUCACGAGUAGUGUCAUAAAUAAUGUGAGACAUAAACUACCUGUGGGUCCUUCGAAAAUAGCCACAAGUCUUUUGGUAUUGACUUUUUAUGUGAUUACAGGUUUGAUCAAAGGUUUUAUUGGCGGUGCUAUUAUUGGUAUCAUAUUGGCCGCGAUCUACCAAGCAGGAAGUUUGGCAAUGAGUUGUUGGAUUCCCUUAACGUGGUCAAUUGCACAAAUUUUAUACGAUAUCGCCUCAUCAUACCUGACAAGCUCCAUUAUUCUAUAA